UCAACACCACUCCCAUCUGCUGCCACCAGUACGACGGCGACACCCACGACGACGAGACCCGAAGUCGUACCAGUGGCGUCGCAAGCUGAUGCAUCUGAGAAAAUCCGGGAAACCUCCAUAACGCAUCCGCCGUAUCCUCAGUCCGAGUCCCGUCCUUCCAAUAUCGAUGCCGCCGGCUCAUCGACAGCAAACCCCAGAAUUCCGUCGCCGACCUUUCAACCCCCUUAUCCAUCCGCAACAUCACCAAUACCCGUCACAGAAGGAAAACCACACCUUACAGUGACGAGCCCUAGUCGCUGGAGUUUGCGCAACGCUUUUAUCGGUGGCGGGAACCCCGAAUUCAAUUCUCCCUUCCGAAGUCGUUCUGGCACCGGCGGUAGUAGCCUUGGAUCGAGACCACGGCACCCAAAUACGACACGGGGAUUGUGGAACCCAACAAACUCGACUCCAAGAGUGCCGACGAGGAAGAGGAAUCGUUCGCAGGUCGAAGACGUUCAUGUUAUUGCUAUACCAUUAUCGCAUCCCGACAUCAGUUCUCCGCGUCAAGGAUCUACUGCCGGAGGAUCAUAUCCUCUCUUGACACUACCUGAGAAGCGGCAGAGUCUACAUUUAGGGUCGGCGAGGGCAAGUCUACAGGUUGAGAGAAGUGGAAGCUCACACGAUUCGAAUAGAAUCUCGUUACCGAGAAGCGUCAGCAUCGAUAUACAGCGAAGAAAAAGUGGUGAAUCUACGCUUCCGACUAAACUCGACAAAGGCAAGGGACGAGCAAUUGAGCACGAGGAGGAAGUUGAGCAAAGACCGCUCACAGGAUUUAAGAAAAGAGGCCAAAGCAUUUCUCAUCCACAAGCACAAACAUCCGGCCUUACAUUCGAUCAAGGGAAUUCAGUCAUGUCUACCGAUCUCGAACGCGGGCUCCACAGUCCCUAUAAUGCCCAAGGCACUUCACGUCUACCACACAAUGCCUCGAAUCCUUCUUUUGAUGCUGGCAUAGGGCCUGCAUUGUCAGACAGCACAUCCAUAAUCGGCUCUGACGGUCCUGGGGUUGGCAUAGAUGAAUGGGGUCCUCAACAUCCGUGUUUCCCACACAUGAAUUCUCACGUCCCACUUUCGUCACCUCUCUACCAAAGUACGCGGAUACUACGCAUACGACGAAAUUGGAUGUUAGCAGGCGAUUUAGCACCUACAUUCUCGAAUUUGUACCCCGAGGUAUUAGACCCGGCUGGGGUAUCGGAGCAAGAAUUCCGAACAAUCAUAGAAAAAGUCAACAACGAACUAAUACGAGCCUUCAAUCCCUGGGGAGUACGAAACAUGUUCGAUAACGUAAUGGGGGUAUUGACUGGAUGGAUAUGGGAUGACCUUGGAUUCUCAGCCGUGAAAUCAAGGUUACAGAAUGUGGAGAAGUAUCUGGAGGAAUGGAACAAACAGAUGCAAGGGAAGAACAAAGAGGGACCGGAUAGUGCGCCGAGAAUUGUGCCGUUGAGGAGGACUGGGUACAUGAAUCUCGAUUUUCAAAUUCCUGACCCCGACUUCCAAGACGCGUCGGUGAUGGCGGCAAGUGACAGAAUGGGGACAGGGCACUCUGGAGCCACGCAAUAA